UAAAUAAAUAUAGAAUGUUUUAAUUAAACAUUUUUCAGACAUGGGGACUGCUGAAAAUGAUGAAGAAGGAGGAAUUUUGAAGUUUUCAGUCAAUGGAAAACUUCAAAAAGUCUCGCCUGAUAUUUCCAGCCAAACUUUGAUUCAGUAUCUCAGAGAUUCUGGUCUGACUGGAACCAAACUAAGCUGUGGUGAGGGAAACUGUGGAGCUUGUACAGUACUCAUUACAAGUAAAAAAGGAGGAGAAUUUGAAAGAUAUACAGUGAAUGCCUGUACAACACUUGUUUGUACCCUGCAUGGAUCUGAGGUCACAACAGUGGAAGGUUUGGGCUCAACUCAAACUACCUUGCAUCCUGUUCAGGAGCGUCUAUAUUCCUGCCAUGGAUCUCAAUGUGGGUUCUGUUCUCCCGGUAUGGUUAUGUCAAUGGCUGGAGUACUGUGUAAGAAUAGUACCCCUGAUAUAGAGGAUAUUGUUACCGGGCUUCAGGGAAAUCUUUGUCGUUGCACUGGUUACAGACCAAUUCUUGAAGCAUUUUCUACUUUUUCCUCUAAACCUUUGGCUAAGAGUGAUCAAAAGUUUGAUUCAGCAGAAGAAGAGGUGGAAACCUAUGAUGUUUCCAAGUUUAAAGACCUUAAACCUGAAGAUCUUCAGAUUUCAGAAAACACCAAACAAGUUCUGGAAAACAUUGAACAGGUGAAGUGUGUAAGAUUCAAAUCUGAUGGAAGUAAAUGGUUUUACCCAAGCACUGUUGCUGAAGCAUUAUGUCUAAGUAAACAGUUCCCAGAAGCUGUUUAUCGUCAAGGUGGAACAGGAGGAUACAAAAAGUUUUCCUCUACUGAAAUGAAAACUGUGAUUUCUUUGAGCUCAGUUUUGAAAAUGAAAGAGAUAGUUAUUCAGGAAGAAGGCAUCUUAAUAGGAGGAGGAGUAACCUAUUCUGAGCUAGUAGAAGGAUUGAAAAAUCUUGAUAUAGUAAAGCACCGUUCAGCUGAGGUUCUUAAAGACACUGCUGCCAAGAUUGCUUCGACACAGCUUAGGAAUGUUGCAACUUUGGUCGGAGGUAUACUGUGGGAUCAUUCUGCUUCAGACAUGCUUCCAAUAUUGACAGUUGCUAAAGCUGUUCUUUUAGUAGAGAGUGAAGAAGGCCAGAGAAAAAUUCCGGUUAGGCCUCAUGUGACCAAGGAAUUGUCACAAGGAGAUAUUGUCGGCGCUGUUUUUAUACCGAACAACUCAAUCAAUGACAUAAUCGUUUACAAGAAACAAGCUAAGCGUAAGACAGUUGAGUUGGGGGUGGUGAACAUGGCGUUGUUGGCCAAUUUUGAAAAUGCAGUGCCUCAUGUGUCCAUUGUAAUAGGUGGGGUUGAUCUUGCUGUAAAACAAUCUACAGAGGGGGAACUUAUCAUCGCAUCUAAUGUCGAAAAGCAUUUGAUAUCCAUCAAAGAUUUCCCUAAAUCCAGCACUUCUGCUCUUCUAAAGGCAAUACAGUUAGAUUUUGGAAAAGAUCAAAACCAAUAUAAGAUACAAAUAAUAUCUGAGAUGCUUACAAAUAUUUUUAAGUCUGAAAAAAAAUGGAAUCUGAAAUCUCAUCAGCUGUUUGAAAAGACUAGUGCUACACAGAGCAUGAUAGAUCCUAUAACAAGACCAGUUCCACAUAUUUCUGCUGCAGAGCAAUGUACUGGAGAAGCGGAAUAUACCGGUGAUGUUCCCAAACUUGCAAAUGAAGUUUUCUUGUUCCCAGUCCAUAGCACUCAAUCCCAUGCAAAGAUUAAAAGCAUUAACACUGAGAAUGCACUAAGAGUUCCUGGAGUUGUCUCUUGGGUUUCAGCUCAAGAUGUACCAGGUGCAAACAUCUUUGCGGGUGCAGGUCCUCCAGAUGAACAUAUCUUCCCUGAACAGGACGUACAUUUUAGUGGGCAGAUUAUAGGAGUAAUAGCUGCAGUAACUCCUGAUGCAGGGAAACAAGCAGUUUCACUGGUAGAAGUAUCUUAUGAAACAAAGGAGGCUUUAUUAAGUAUCACUGAUGCCGUUGCAAAAAACUCUUCAUUUGAAAUAUCUAAGUUAGAAAGAAUUCAAGAUGCAGAGCUGUUGAAAUCCACAAAUAAAUCAUUCAAUGGUCAAAUUAAACUUGGCGGACAGUUGCAUAUCUACAUGGAAACUCAUGGGGCUGUUGCCAUUCCUGGGAAAGAAAAGUCAGAAAUGAUAAUAUACUCAUCAAACCAGAGUAUUUCUGGGGUUCAGAAAGCAGUAGCCUCAGCAUUAAAGGUCCCUCAGCACAAGAUAGUUGUAAAAGCAAAACGUAUUGGAGGAGGGUUUGGGGGGAAAGAGGGACCACUCAUUACCCUCAUAACAGCAGUAGCAGCAAACAAACUUGGAAGACCAUGCCGACUGGCAUUAGACAGAACAAGUGAUGUCUUAAGCAUGGGUCAUCGUCAUGAAACCCAUGCUGACUAUGAAAUCGGAUUUGAUGAGACUGGUAAAAUAACUAAAGCAAAGUUUGAAUGUAAUUUCAAUGCAGGAUGUAGUAGAGAUCUUUCAGUUCCGUGGGGAGCAACACUCUUGAAUAGGUUGGAUGGGGGAUAUUCAUUGAAGAACUUUGAGGGAAAAGCAUAUCCAAGAAAGACAAAUUUGACUUCCAAUACAGCUUUCCGUGGAUUUGGGGGACCGGAGGGAACAGCAAUCAUUGAAGAAUGCAUUGAAAGAAUUGCGCAAAUAACAGGAAAAGAUCCUGCUGAAGUAAGAAAAAUCAAUUUGACCAGAGAAAAUGACCUGCUACACUAUGGAGACACCAAAGUGUAUGAUGACAACCUGAUGAGAUGUUGGGAAGAUUGUAUCAAAAAGAGCGAUUAUUUUGAAAAGAGGAAAGAAAUUGAGGCUUUCAAUGCUAAUCCAGGAAACAAAAAUGUAAGACGUGGAAUUUCCAUUGUUCCUAUCAAGUUUGCACCUUUCAUGCCCUUGAAAUUCUUGAAUCAGGCAUCAGCCUAUGUUAGGAUCUACACAGAUGGGUCCAUUCUUUUAUCUCAUGGAGGGAUAGAAAUGGGCCAAGGGUUGCAUACAAAGAUGCUUCAGGUUGCGUCAAGGGUCCUGAAGGUUCCAAUGGAAAAAUUUCAUCUAAUUGAAACCUCAACAGAAAUUAACAUCAAUACAACAUCUACUGGAGGAAGUACUGGAACAGACUUGAAUGGGCAUGCUGUUGUCCUGGCAUGUGAGGAUUUAGCCGCCAAGUUGGCUCCACUCCGAGACGCUAACCCGGACAUGCCUUGGGAGCAGGUCAUUUUCCAGGCAUAUCUCCAGAGAAUACCUCUCACAGCAUAUGGGUUUUAUAACAGAUCACAGGUUGAAGUUGAUCCAAAGACAAAUACUGGUUUGGCAUUCAACUACCUUACUACGGGUGUUGCCUGUACUGUAGUUGAAGUUGAUUGUGCAUCAGGGAACCACCAGGUUCUAAGCACUAAUAUUGUGAUGGAUGUAGGACAAAGCUUAAACCCUGCAAUUGAUAUUGGACAAGUAGAGGGAGCAUUUGUUCAAGGAUAUGGUUACAUGACAAUGGAGGAGGUGGUUCAUGGUUUGAAUGGAGAAAUUGCGACCAACAAUAAAUAG